AUGUCUGAUCAAGAACAAGCAGUUGGUCCUGCUUUUGCUAUGGCUUUAGGUGGUUUGUUUAGCUGUGUUGCACAACAACUUCGUGUUGAUAUUGAAUUCAAUGGAGAAUAUAGAAUUACUCAUGUUCAUUCAAAAUAUCAACAUGAACCUAAACAAUUACCUGCAAAGAAUAUAACAUUUAAAUUACAUGACUUGAAUGCCGAUGAAAAACGAAAUCUAGUUUUUCAGUUGCAUGUGCCGAAACUGAAUACUAGUCAAAAUAUUGAAAUGACCAGUCAAGAAACCACUUUGCAAGAUGAACAAACUAUUGGACAAGUUACUGUUACCUAUGUAGAGCCAAAUAGUCGUCAAACAAUAACUACUACUCCUGUUUCCUUUCAAUUGAUUCGAACAGCUCAACCAACUGCUGAUCAACUUCAAGUCAAUUAUGAACUCGAUAUUCAACGAAAUCGAGUAGAAACGGCUCGUGAAAUUAAACGAGCAAUGGACACCAAUAAUUAUCAACAAUCACUUGCCAUCCUCAAAGCCCAAGUUGACAAAGUCAAAGCAAGUGUGUCCAGUCAAAGUCCCUUCUGUCAAUUAUUGAUAAGAGAUCUUGAAUAUCGUUAUCCAUCAGAACGUGCCUAUCGUUCGUCGCAUCAUAAUACCUACAUGCAACAUGCAUCUGAACGAGGCACAUAUGCACCAACGACCUCUUUCAGCUCUGCACAAUACCUUAACAUAUCUCAACAGCAACAAGUCAUUCAGUUUCAACAACACCAACAACAGCAGCCAUCAUUCCCUGAUGUUCAACAACAACAGCCUGCACCUUCUUCCCAGACAAAUUAA